UUUUCAUUCCGUCUCGGUCGCGCUCUUUAUAAACCAAAAAACAUUGGAUUCUUCGACACAGUUGAUAAAAUUUCUGAAGUGUUUUGUUUGUUUGGUGCCAUUCCGUAGAAUUAUCAAUAAACUAUCUAUCAAAAUUCAUCAGUCGAGAUGUUCUCGAUGAAAUUGUGCCGGAAUCGUACGUGUCGCGAGUUAUUGAGAGACUUUCGGAGGAAUAUCAGUAAAACUUCGACGGAUAAAAAUAGCGAUGCUAUAUCCAGGGUACAAGAUCACAAAAUUCAGCUGGCAAGUUUGGAGAAUACUUGUGAUAAAAGUGAAACUAAUAGGAGGUGGAUGAAACAGAUGCAACAUAAUAAUAUUCGGGCUCUUUCGACCCUUCACCAUACCCUGAUCAAGCCUCCACAAAGCAGCUCGUUGGCAUCCAAAGAACAAUCCAGAGAUUUUAUGGCGCUGUUUCCCGAUAUUGUUAGGGAACUGACUGAUAUUGGAACAAGGAACCAGGAGCUGCCUGAAGUUAUGAAGCGAUUUGCCAGAACUCUACAAUACAACACCCCCAAUGGCAAAAAAUACAGAGGAAUGAUUGUGAUUUCGUCAUAUAAAAUGUUAGAGGACCCUGCUAGACUUACACCAGAAAAUAUUAGAUUGGCCAGUAUCGUAGGAUGGUGUGUUGAAAUGCUACAAGCCUAUUUUCUUAUUCUGGACGACAUCAUGGACAGUUCCGAAACGCGACGUGGUAACCCAUGCUGGUACCGUCAACCCGGUAUCGGCAUGAGCGCCAUAAACGAUGCUUUGAUGAUCCAAAAUGCUAUUUAUGCCUUGCUUAAAAAACAUUUCAAAAAUCAUCCGGCAUAUGUACCUUUGAUGGAAGUUUUCCAUGAAACUACCCUCAGGACGACUCUUGGUCAAAGUUUAGAUUCAAUGUGUUUGGAUCAAGAUGGCAAACCGAAAUUGGAUAUGUUUACUAUGUCUAGAUAUUCAUCGAUUGUAAAAUACAAAACCGCCUACUAUACAUUCCAUGCCCCAGUAGCUCUGGCAAUGCAAUUGGCCGGUAUGGAUGAUGUUGAGCAACACAGACAGGCCAAGACUAUUUUGCUCGAGAUGGGACAAUUUUUCCAAAUUCAGGAUGAUUUCCUAGACUGUUUUGGCGAACCAUCAGUGACCGGAAAGAUGGGAACUGAUAUACAAGAGGGCAAAUGCUCGUGGUUAGCUGUGGUUGCUUUGCAAAGGGCUACACCUGCUCAAAGGAAAAUAAUGGAAGAACAUUAUGGAAGAACCGAACCAGAAUCGGUGGCAAUCGUCAAACAGCUCUACCAAGACCUGUCCUUACCCAACACUUACGCCAUCUACGAAGAAGAAAGUUACAACAUCAUCAAAACUCACAUCCAACAAAUUUCCAAAGGGCUUCAGCACGAUUUGUUCUUCAACAUUAUGGAGAAACUUUACAAACGCGAAAGUUAAACUUUCAGAAAUAAUCAAGCUUUAAUUAAGAACCAAUCAGAAAUAUUAUUAGAUUGGUUUUAGGUUUUUAUUAUUAGAAAUAAAUUUCUACAUCUACCGUUUUCUACAUUUAUAUAAAUUUUUCAUUUCAUUCAUUGAGUAAUAUGGAUUUACCAAGGUUUAUUAUUUGAUGAGGAUAUUUCUAUAACUGACCUUAUUUUAUAUCAUAUAUAAAAAAAAUCCCUUAUAGUUAUAUUGCAUUUCAGGUUUCUUUUGCUUCCAAUUGAAAUAAAUGUUGAUUAGUUGUACCUAACUAAUGUUCUUAUUGGAACCAUAAUAAACCGAUUGUAUUCGAGAGUUUAAUUCAGGAUGUAGCUAUUGAGACUUGAUAAUAAUUAAAUACUGAAAGUCAUUAGAUCAUAAGAUUUUUUUUCUAUUUUCAAAUUAGUCAUAGAAGCGAUUUUGUUUUAAGAUUUUAUUUAAAGGUAUAGAGAAUAAAAAGGUUUAUGAAAUAAGUGAUUCGUA